AUGGCAACAACAUCGCCACGGUGUGGAAACCAGGUUGCUACGACGUCGUUUUCUCCGUUGGUUCUGGUUUCUCCAUGUCUAUUCCUUCCCGUUGCUCGUCUCCGAUCUCAGUUUCUUAGUUGGGAUUGUUACUAUUUGCAUCAAAGAUUUCAAAUAUUCGACGUGAAUCAAUUGGAAAUGUUUACUCGUUGUGUAGCUACUUUGGAAAAGAGAUUGGAAGCAGUAGAACAUACAAGAGCUAACAAUGUGGUAGUAAACUACAACAAUCUUAUAGUUGCUUUGAGCUUUGAGCAGAAGAAAGAAAAGAUUAGGAAGAUGUUAGAUAAAGUGGAGCUUUUUGUUUCGGCUUAUGAUACGAGUUGGGUAGCGAUGGUUCCAUCACCGAGUUCCCAAAACGGUCCACUUUUCCCACAAUGUGUGAACUGGUUAUUGGAAAAUCAACACGAGGAUGGAUCUUGGGGGAUUGAUAAUCAUAGGCAUCAAUCUCAUAAGAAGGAUAUGUUAUCAUCUACACUGGCGUGUAUUCUCGCGUUGAAGAAAUGGGGAACUGGUGAAAGACAGAUAAGCAAAGGUCUCCAGUUUAUUGAGCUGAAUUCUGCAUCAGUCACUGAUGAAACAAUACAGAAACCAGCAGGAUUUGAUAUUAUAUUUCCUGGGAUGAUUGAAUAUGCUAGAGAUUUGAAUCUGACGGUUCCAUUGGGAUCGGAAGUGGUGGAUGCGAUGAUACAGAAAAGAGAUUUGGAUCUUAGAAGUGACAGCUUCUCAAAGGGAAGAGAAGCAUAUCUGGUCUAUGUUUUAGAGGGAACAAGAAAGCUAAAAGAUUGGGAUUCAGUCGUCAAAUACCAAAGGGAAAAUGGCUCACUGUUUGAUUCUCCAGCUACAACAGCAGCUGCACUUACUCAGUUUGGAAAUGAUGGAUGUCUCCGCUAUCUCUCUUCUCUCCUUCAGAAAUUCGAGGCUGCAGUUCCCACAGUUUAUCCGUUUGAUCAAUAUGCACGCCUUAGUAUAAUUGACAAUCUUGAAAGCUUGGGAAUCGAUAGGGAUUUCAAGAAUGAAAUCAGAAACGUAUUGGAUGCGACUUAUAGAUGUUGGUUGCGUGGGGAUGAAGAGAUAUGUUUGGAGUUGGCCACUUGUGCUUUGGCUUUCCGAUUAUUGCUUGCUCAUGGCUAUGAUGUGUCUUACGAUCCAUUAAAACCAUUUGCAGAAGAAUCUGGUUUCUCCAAUACUCUGGAAGGAUAUCUAAAGGAUACAGUUUCAGUGUUAGAAUUAUUUAAGGCUGCCCAAAGCUAUCCACAUGAAUCAGCUUUAAAAAGGCAGUGUUCGUGGACUAAAAAGUAUUUAGAGAUGGAAUUGUCCGACUGGCCGAUCACUUCUGUUCGAGAUAAAUACCUCAAGAAAGAGGUUGAAAAUACUCUUGCUUUUCCCUCCUACGCAAGCCUGGAAAGAUUAGAUCAUAGGAGAAAACUACUCAGUGGUACAUGUGUGGAAAACACUAGGGUUAUGAAAACCUCUUAUUGUUUGCCUAAUGUUUGCAGCUCUGAUAUCCUGAAGUUAGCUGUUGAUGACUUCAAUUUCUGCCAGUCCAUACACCGUAAAGAAAUGGAGUGUCUUGAUAGGUGGAUUGUGGACAAUAGAUUGCAGGAACUGAAAUUUGCCAGACAGAAGCUGGCUUACUGUUACUUCUCUGGGGCUGCAACUCUUUUUUCUCCAGAACUAUGUGAUGCUCGUAUAUCGUGGGCUAAAGGUGGAGUACUUACAACGGUCGUGGACGACUUCUUUGAUGUUGGAGGCUCCAAAGAAGAACUGGAAAACCUCAUACACUUGGUCGAGAAGUGGGAUUUGAAUGGUGUUCCUGAGUACUGCUCCGAACAAGUUGAGAUCAUAUUCUUAGCUCUAAGGGACACAAUUCUUGAAACAGGAGAGAAAGCAUUCGCCUAUCAGCAACGCACCGUGACACACCACAUUGUGAAAAUUUGGUUGGAUUUGCUCAAGUCUAUGUUGAGAGAAGCCGAGUGGUCUAGUGACAAGUCAACACCAAGCUUGGAAGAUUACAUGGAAAAUGCGCACGUUUCAUUUGCAUUAGGACCAAUUAUCCUCCCAGCUACCUAUCUGAUAGGACCGCUACUUCCAGAGAAAACUAUUGAAAGGCCUGAAUAUAAUCAGCUCUACGAGCUUGUAAGCACUAUGGGUCGUCUUCUAAACGACAUACAAGGCUUUAAGAGAGAAAGUGCGGAAGGGAAGCUGAACGCGGUUUCAUUGCAUAUGAUACACGAGCAAGAAAACCGCAGCAAAGACGAUAUCAUAGAAUCAAUAAAGGUUUUAGCAGAGAGAAAGAGGGAAGAAUUGCAGAGGCUAGUAUUUGAGGAGAAAGCAAGUGUGGUUCCAAGGGAAUGCAAAGAAGCGUUCUUGAAAAUGAGCAAAGUGUUGAACUUGUUUUACGCGAAGGACGAUGGAUUCACUAAACAUGAUUUGAUGAGUGUUGUUAAAUCUGUGAUCUACGAGCCUGUGAUCUUACAGGAAGAGUCAUUAACUUGA